CUCAUACAAUCGGCCUAGCCCUCUUCACCAUGAUAGUCGUUAAUCCUACAGUCACGUCCGACCAGGCUGGUGAUCACUCGCCUCCAGCCACGGACUUGCCAUUUGCAGCCAUCAUCCUCGCCAUCUUCACCCUAGCACUAGCACUAGCAUUUCAUGUGCUGUUUGUCCUCCAACCUCAUAAUCUCUGUAGUAAUAUACUGAGACCCGGCAGUAGGUCUGAGUUGAUCAGCGGCGAUAUUUUUGAGCCGGCGAUACUAGACCAAACUGCCCUUGUACGAGCUUACAGGCAGGGGAAGGCCGAAACGAAUCAUGUGGCGGACAUCGUAUCCGGUUUUAAUGCCUGGUAA